AUGACCAGCUGGAAUGGCAGAAGCCAUGUAUCAGUCUUCGUGCACAGUCUGCACCUGCUCAACCUCAAUGCACGAGAGGAUUGGCCGGAGGUCACUCUACAUACCUUUGACGUGAAGUCGAGCCUCCAGCAUCGAAUUCGCUGUGUGGAAUGGUCGCUCUAUUGCCUGUUCGAGCUGUUCGACGCACGAGCCACAAGAGACAAACUACGACCUUUCUUUCCUCCCGCAACCUCCCUGCAAUCUGUGAAUCUUCGUGCUGCUCUUUUGCGACAACUCACGGAGCUGAAAAAAGAUGGCGUGCUCGGUCCCAACGUUAUAUUGCGGAAGACUAUGCUGGAUGAGUGCAAAGGAGACAAGGUUGAGGAACUACUUGCUGCUUUCUCUAUCGUUGUGCUCAAGAAAGUUCUCAAUGUUGAAGGAGUCGCACAGCCUGAAAACUUGUUACCACUGGUUUUAGCCCGUCGCGCUGGUAUACAACGAAACCUCGAUGAAAAGAAAGAACUUGAUUGGACGACGAAGCAGGAGCAGCACAAUAUUGAACACUCGAUCGAGGUGCUAUCGAAGGAGACGAGAGCUCUCCAGUCCAAGAAAGUGCCUCAGCUUCCCAACCAUGCAACUCACAUCAAAGGCGUCCUCCGUGAGAACUGGAUUGGCGAUCCUGCUUGGGUCGACACUAUUCUACAUGGCGUCCCCAGCCGUACUUUGAAUCACAUUGUGACCUAUAAAGGUGACGUCGACGACAAUGCGUCUUCAUUGCUCGAAGACCUUCAAUCACGACUCCAGAAUCAAAACGUACGUUUGGCGAAAUGGCAGUCCUAUUUUGAAGAUUUGCACCACCGGGAUACCCACAAGCAUACUGCGUCAGUACCGAAUACGAAUCAACGAAGUGUUCGACCUCCGUUGUUUACUCGGCAUAAGGACCUGGAGCAUGUUUCAGAUAACGUGAGUUCUACCGCUGCUGAGAUGCUUGUGCCCAAGCAUGCCAUACUACUUGAGUCUUUAGAAAAGGAAUUAAGCUUGAGAACCGCAAGUCUACACCACAAAGCUCAGUCAUCUGGCAGCUUGACCAAAGCUGACAACAACAAAUCCAACGUCAAUAUGAUUUACCUUGGUGGAUCGAAAAACGACAAUCUCUCAAAUCCAAGAACACAAACUACAACAAGCAGCUUGUCCUUCCGGAAUGACGAUUCUCUCGGACAUGGAAUAGAACCUGGCAGGCAUCGGUUGACACCGUUUCAGUCAAUCUCAUUAGAAAAACCUGUCGUUAAUGCUGGAUUACCAGAACCUUUCACGCAGCAGAUAUUAAAACCGCAUCCAGAAACUCCUCCAGAGCCUUCCCUAAUGGAAAGAACACGAGCUUCAAUGGCACGUUUUGAGACACCGAACCAGCCCGUACUAAAGAACCACAGACCUAGUACCUCCACCGAGCAGCCCUCCACCGAGCAGCCCUCUAUCGUGAUCGCGUCACAGCCGAGGUUGCCACUGGACAGACUCUCGUUGGCCGAGCGAACACGUCAAUCGAUGUCCAUGCUCAACGACGCGCUUGACGACAGCUAUCGAAGUCGGCCCAGCACAUCCGCUAAGCGACCGACUCACACAAGAAGUAGAACCGCAAUCAAGAUUACAAGCCACAAACCAAGACUGGAAAGAGCGUGGUCAGAAGAGUCGCUUGCAUCUACUGCUACCAAGGACGACAAUUUCGACGUCGAGGCUGACUACGACAGCGUCUUCAAGAGCAGACCCCGUCUGGCAAUGUCUCCCAACUUAAGCCCUCAGCGAAACGAACCCGAUCCCUGGCUCGAGAAUUUGCUCGAGCAAGGCAUGAACAAAUUGUCCAUUGACUCGAGUCCUGACGCCUAG